CAUGUUUUCCACAGCAACCACUGCCACCUGUUCAGGUGAGUGAAGAUGAACUUGCCAAAGAUAAAAUUACAACAAAUUUAGUUUAAGAUCUAACUGGCUUUUAUUUGUGAUUCAUGAAUUGGGGCAGCCUCCAAUUUGCAAAGUAGAAUGAGAGAACAGUGGAUUUUUUUAAGGUGGGAAUAAAGAACCAAAACAAUAGAGGAAAGGCUGGUUAACAUCUGCUAACUUCUCUUGUUAGGGUUAAAAUAGAGGGGCCUUGCUUAUUAUGCUGACUCAGGUAGGUCUGGAAUCUGUUUUCAGGAAAAACUGGUCUGUUUGGGGAUCUACUUGUUUCCUUAAAGUUUCCAUUUGAUUAUAUGGCAUGUAGCACAAAGUUGGUCUGGCCUGUUGGGGCCUAGGCCAGGAACUCAGUCCAAAAUGGUGGCAUCCCAUAAAUUUUAACUGUCCUAACACCUGCUCAUCAUCCUCCUGUUACUGCUGAAUGUGUUGGGCCUGAGGGCAGAGAGCUAAGGACAGAGAAGGGAGAAGAGGGAUGGGAGAAUGUGGUUCCUUAAAAGCCAGCUUUUCAUCCUCACUGGUGACCACACCACUGUCCUCACCCUUCAGCACAGUUCAAAGGGUAAUAUUGUGGUUUAUUCCUGCCCCUGCCCACUUCACCAUCAGUCCCUUGGAGGAAGGCAGAUACCUUUGCUCUCUUCCCUGUAACAUGCCUGGGCUUUAGUAUGUUUUAUUUUAUUUAUUUCAGAUUAAUAUGAGGGCACAAACCAUUAGGUUAUAUGAUUUACUCAUGAAAGGUUACCAAGUAGUGUUGCCUAUAUCCAUGCCAUGCCUGGACUUUAAUGAAAAGGAAAUUUGUUGGCCAAGGGCAGUGGCUCAUGCCUGUAAUCCUAGCACUCUGGAAAGCUGAGGGGGGUGGACUGCUUGAGCUCAGGAGUUGGAGACCCGGGUGAGCAAGAGCAAGACCUCAUCUCUACUAAAAACAGAACAAUUAACUGGGUGUUGUGGUGGAUGCCUGUAGUCCCACCUACUCUGGAGGCUGAGGCAGGAGGAUAGAUUGGGCCCAAGAGUUUGAUGCUGUGAGCUAUGAUGCCAAUGCACUCAAUCCAGGGCAAGAGAGUGAGAUUUUGUCACAAAAAAAAAAAAAAAAGGAAAAAGAAAUUUGCUGUGGUUUGAAUGCAUCUUGAACAUCAGCUUUUACUUUUUGUCUCACUUUGUUGCCCUGCGUGGACUCCUGUGCCAUCACAGCUCACAGCAACCUCACACUCUUGGGCUUAAGCGAUUCUCUUGCCUCAGCCUCCCAAGUAGCUGGGACUACAGGCGCCCACCAAAACGCCUGGCUAUUUUUUAGACAUAAGGUCUUGCUCUUGCUCUUGCUCAGUCUGGUCUCGAACUCGUAACUCAGGCAAUCCACGCUCCUUGGACCCCCAAGUGCUGGGAUUAUAGGCGUGAGCCACCGCCCCCGGCCCAACAUAAGCUUUUUUAUUUUUAUUUUCUAAUUUGUUAAAGGACACUAACAAAUUAACAAAAAAGAGCAUUGACAAAGUAAACACCCCACUCGGAGAGAAACAACGUGACUUAGUCUUGAAGCUCCGUUCCCCUCUCCAGUUAAUAGCCGCCCCCCUCUAUUUCUCUUAUGUUAAUAAAAUGCUUAAACGUUUGAGUAAUUUUGAUACGUGCGCGUAUUGAGUAAAAGGUGGGCAUGCAGAGCAACGCGGGGAAAAGCCCGGGUCUACUGCCUGCAUGUCUCGGGUCAACAGCGCGGGUCCCGCCCUAGCUUAACUACCCUGCCCGUGUACCCGACAACGUAGACGCAGAUGACCCCUCGGCACUGAGGAGGGAGGGCGAGCCCUCCAACCCGGUGACCCAGAAAGCCCCUCAGAGUCCUCCAGAGAUUAACCAGAUUACCCGGCCCCCAGCCACGAGCAAGGAGCGUCCGCACCCGCUGAGGAUUCCCAUUGGCCCGCAGCCAAAGCGCUCCCAUUGGUCGGAGGCAGGCAGCGCAUGCUCCCAUUGGUCGGGCUGCCGCACGGCCUUCUGGGGGUUGUAGUUGCGGCGUCGCCAUUGCGGCCGCCAUUGUCCGGCGGGCGGUGAGUCGGGUGGUCCCAUAGGCUCGGGCGGCUCUGUGACUUGGUGGUCGCCUUGGACCCCUGUCCUCAACCUGUCAGUAGAGGAUGGACCCCGAGGAAGAAGCGGCAGCAGUGGUGACAGCCGCGGGGUUUCCAGUGUCACGGCUUCAGGAGCCAGUAACCUUCUGGGAUGUGGCUGUGGACUUUACUCAGGAGGAGUGGGGGCAGCUGGACCCUACCCAGAGGACUCUGUACCGUGAUGUGAUGCUGGAGACCUUUGGGCACCUGCUCUGCAUAGGUCCUGAGCUUCCUAAACCUGAAGUCAUCUCCCAGCUAGAGCAAGGAGCUGAGCUAUGGGUGGCAGAAAGAGGAACCACCCAGGGCCACUGUCCAGGCUGGGACCCUAGACGGGAAGACCAAGCAUCACUCAAGGAGCAGGGCUUUCCUGAAGAGGAGACAACUGGUCUCUCCAUGUUAAGGGAAGACUGGGAAUCUGAGGAGGGCCUGGGCCAGGCACUCAAGAAGGACCAGAAUAACUUGAAGCAAUUGGAAUUUGUCCUCAAAGAAGCACCAAUUCAAGAUCGAGGCUACGAAACUCUCAGAUUUGGGGAAAGCUAUGUGGUGAGUUCAAACCCAGAUCCAUUCCCAGAGAGUUCUAGGAAAGACUGUUUCCCUGUUUAUGACUCACAGGUUGCAAACUCAGAACAUAACUCGAGCUUAGUCAGUCAGCAGACAGUGUCCCCAGGAAAACAGGCCCAUGAAAAUGGUGAUUGCCUCAGAGCUUCUGGUCAGGCCGUUCCCGUUACAGAACUUGCAAGAAGUCAGGUACAAGAUAAACCCUACAAAUGUACUGACUGUGGGAAGUCAUUUAACCAUAAUGCACACCUCACAGUGCACAAGAGGAUUCAUACAGGAGAGAGACCUUAUAUGUGCAAAGAGUGUGGGAAAGCCUUCAGCCAGAACUCUUCCCUCGUUCAACAUGAGAGAAUCCACACAGGAGACAAGCCCUACAAGUGUGCGGAAUGUGGGAAAUCUUUCUGUCAUAGCACACACCUUACUGUCCAUCGGCGGAUUCACACAGGGGAGAAACCCUAUGAGUGUCAGGACUGUGGGCGGGCCUUUAACCAGAAUUCAUCCCUGGGCCGGCACAAGAGGACACAUACUGGAGAAAAGCCAUACACCUGCAGUGUUUGUGGAAAAUCCUUCUCUCGGACCACUUGCCUUUUCCUGCACCUGAGAACUCACACUGAAGAGAGACCCUAUGAAUGCAACCACUGUGGGAAGGGCUUCAGGCACAGCUCGUCCCUGGCCCAGCAUCAGCGAAAACAUGCUGGCGAGAAGCCCUUUGAAUGCCGCCAAAGGCUGAUCUUUGAGCAGACACCAGCUUUAACAAAGCAUGAAUGGGUAGAACCUCUCACCUGCAACACACAUUUAAGUCAAGAUGAGAGGACUCGCCAAAAUGACAGGCCCUUUAAAUGUAAUCAGUGUGGGAAGUGUUUCAUCCAGAGCUCUCACCUCAUCCGACAUCAGAUAACUCACACUAGAGAGGAGGAGCCCCAUGGGCGUAACCACCGGCUCGAACAGUCCUUUGGCCGUAGCUCACACCUUGUCCGACGUCAGCACUCAAAUUCGAGGGAGAACUCUGCAGGUGGGGCAAAGACAAGACAACCAGAAAACGGGGCUCUGGCCUUGUUUGACAUUCAUGAAAUCAUGCAAGAGAAAAAUCCUGUGCACGUUAUUGGGGGGGAAGAGCCAUCUGUGGGUACUUCCAUGUUAAUUGACAUGAGAGAAUCCACAUAGGAGACAAACUGCAGAUGACUUUUAAUCACAGGUACAAAAGUGUGGUUAGUCCACAUAGUAUAAUCAUGGACAGAGGAGCUAGGAAUAGAAAUAUUGAUGAUGACCUUUGACUUUCUGUGGAAAUGGUGCUUCGCAGACACCUGAGAUUGGUGGUUCCCAAAUCUAUAAAACUUAGUAUACCCUUGAACUAUACUUUGUAACGUUCUUUCUGUUGACUCUAAAAUGAGUUAACAGGUAAUAAAACCUACUCACAUGGGUAAUGUCAAAAAAUCGGUAUACAGCCUGCUUUGUAAAGGAUAAUUAAAGUUAAUUUAUAGUAAUGUAAUAGAGUAAUGGGUGCCAAGUCUGUGCAGUAUCUCCCUUGUCAUUGUGUAGGCCCAGUUACACCAGAAAACCUGGGGUGAUAGUUUGUUGCUUACGAAUUUGUACAGGCUAUGGUGUUGGCCAGGAAAUACUGUGAUAGACAUGGUUGUAUGAGAUAUAAUUUUCCAAAGUAGUGACUGUGGGAAAAGUUUUGAACAAAACAAAAUGCCCUUGCAUUUCUGGAAAGUUCUGUAUAAAUUCCAAGCAUGUAGCAAUUAAUUUGUGUUUACACGUGAAGGUGAUUUCCUGUAUUGCAGACAGAUUGUUUCACACCUGUGUCCAUGGUCCCCUGGGGCCAGUGCUUCAUAGUCAUUGCAAUGUUGUUGGCUCCUGCCCUCAUUUCAACCACACACACCUUCAAAUCAUGUGACAUAGAAGCCCAGUAAAAUUUUACCACAUUUCAUGGGGAUUGAGGGCAUUGUCACAAGAUCUUUUGAAAGCUACUGCCUUAGAAUGAGCCCGAGUUUCUCAGUUGGGUAGCUUUUGUCCCCAGAAGACAUUUAGUGAUUUUCUGGAGACUUUUUCUAUUUGCAGUGAUGGGAGAAGGGUGCCAUGUACAUCUAGUGGUUAGAGACCGGCGGAGGCUUCUCAGCAUCAUACAGUGCCCAGGACCACUCCUCAGGAAAGAAUUUUCUAGCGCCAAAAGUCCAUAGUACCGAGGUGGAGAAGCCCUGGUAUAAGCACAGCCCAGUAAUAUAACUGACAUUUGUUAAACUCUGAGAAUUGAUUAAUUGGGGCUAUACUAACUAUCAUAUAAGUUUGAUUUUAACCAAUUAUGUCAUCAGCUAGUUUAUACACAAUGUAUUUUUUAAUUAGCUUGCACCAUUUUGUAGCAUUCAUAAUAGGAAGAAAAGAAGAAAAUCACUUAUUUUUCUGAAUAAUCUUUUAGCAUUCGUUGUGGACAUUUGAAAACAUGAAUAAUGUAUUUUCACUGCUAUCACUACCACUCUCUUGCCACUGGAUUAUUUUCACAUCAGUCCCAGAAAUCAUAUUAUUUUGUCCGUAUUUCUAAGUAUAUCUCUAAAGGGCAGGACUUUGAAUAUAUAUGUACAUAUAUAUACACACACGCGCGUGUGUGUGUGUGUGUAUGAAUAUAUAUGUUGGUCCAUGGGGACAAAACCAUUUUUAUAAUAAUACUAAGCCAUCAUUUGCCUUUUUUGCUGUGCACUAGUUUAAAAACAGUGGGUAGAACUGCCAAGGCUGAGUUCCAGUCAGGGCCCCAAGGUUCUUUGUAUUUUUCUCUACUGGGCACUGCUGUUAAGAAAAAAAAAUACUCAUUUCACUUAGUGGUCUAUGAUGAAACAGGAAAAAUUAUUAAUUUUAUUAAUAUUAAAUCUCAAGUAGAACUAUAUUAUCAUUAUCACGUAUCAAAUAUCUAGUAUUCAGAUGUUCCUGG